AUGCUUGUCUCUUAUAUGCUUGAACAAUCGCAAACUGGGUUGGUCAUAGACCUCAGCUUUAACUCAUUCAACUCAAGGUUCCCUGUCUGGCUUGCCAACAUCAGCAGCCUGGUAUCCAUUGAUUUGAGCUUUAGCGGCUUGAAUGUUGGAAGAUUGCCACAUGUGUUUAGUGAAUUACCCAAUUUACGAUUCCUGAGACUUGUGAAUACUUUCAAAAAAGCACGUUGUUCUGAAAUUUUGAGGGGAAGCUGGAAGAAGAUAGAAGUUCUUGAUUUGACAUUGAAUCGUUUAUACGGAGAACUCCCUGCCUCCCUUGGAAACAUGACAUCUCUUACUCAUCUCAGUCUUUAUUGGAAUAAUAUCCAGGGAAGGAUUCCAAGUUCAAUUGGCAAACUUUGCAACCUGAAGUUUCUUUCCUUGAGGUUUAAUAACCUUACAGGAAAGAUACCUGAUUUCCAUGGAGAAUCAGUAAACUGCCCUUUUGAAAUUCCUUUCCCCAGCUUGCAGAUCUUAGUGCUGAGUUCAAACCAGUUGGUUGGUCAACUGCCAUAUUGGCUUGGUAGCCUUAAAAAUCUGGUUGUUCUUGAUCUGGAGUACAACUCACUUCAAGGUCCAAUCCCUGUUUUAGACAAUUUGAAAAAACUAGUUGUGCUCAAGCUUGCUGAAAAUGAACUGAAUGGUACUCUCCCUGAUAGUUUACAGCAACUUUCUGAGCUGUAUGAACUGGAUGUUUCAAACAAUCACUUGACAGGAAUAGUUUCUGAAUCACAUUUCUCAAAGCUAAGCAAAUUGAAAGACUUGGAUUUGUCUGGAAACUUUUUCAUUUUGAAUGUCACUUCCUUUUGGGUUCCUCCAUUUCAGUUGGAGUCUCUUUACAUUAGUUCAUGCCUUCUAAAUUCAUCAUUUCCUGUGUGGCUUAAAUCCCAAAGCAACAUCAUUUAUCUACAUUUCUCAAAUGUCAGUGUUUCAGGAAUAGUGCCAGAUUGGUUUUGGGAUAUGUCUGCUAAUCUAAAAGACUUGAAUGCUUCCUUCAACCAAUUACAAGGUAAAUUACCAAACCCAUCAAAAUUAUCUGCUGAUGUUAUGGAUUUGAGCUCCAACCUCUUUGAAGGGCACAUUCCUCUUCCUAGCUUCCCCAUAUCCUUACUUGAUCUUUCAAAUAAUCAAUUUUCUGCUCCUAUCCCAAAUAGGUUAGGCGAAAUCUUAGCAACAACAAGAUUCUUGUCUCUUUCAGGAAACCAACUCACUGGUGAGAUUCCAAUCUCUGUAGGAGAGAUGUUGUCAGCUGCAGUCAUUGAUCUUUCAAGAAACAAUUUAAGAGGCAGCAUUCCAUCCAGUUUAGGAAAUUGUUCUUCUCUGGAAGUUCUAGAUCUUCAAAAAAACUUAUUGUCUGGCAAGAUUACAGGAUCACUGAGUCAGCUAAAUAUGCUUCAAACACUUCACCUCAGCAGCAACAAAUUGUCAGGAGAAAUCCCAUCAUUUUUUCAUAAUUGGUCUAGUUUGGAAACUCUGGACCUUGGAGACAACAGGUUGACAGGAAAUAUCCCACCAUGGACAGGCAGUGUUUUCCCGAAUCUUAGAAUACUUAGCUUGAGGUCAAAUGCCUUGUCUGGAGAAAUUCCCUCAGAGCUUUCAGAUUUAAGCUCACUGCAAAUCCUUGACCUGGCAGAAAAUGAGUUGAAUGGAACUAUUCCAUCCAGCUUUGUCAAUCUCAGAGCAAUGGUUCAGAUUCAGCGGAUAAAUCAUUACCUAUUUUAUGGAAUGAGCUUCAGGCACUACUAUGAAGAAAGCUACAGUGCCAACAUAAAAAACCAGCAUCAAACAUUUAACAAGAUCCUCUCCAUUCUGACAAGUCUAGACCUUUCUGGAAACAAUUUGCAUGGACAGAUUCCUGAAGAACUGAUGAAACUUUUAGGUCUAGCUGUUUUGAACUUGUCAGCUAACCAUUUAACUGGUGAAAUUCCUGAAAGCAUUUCAGAAUUGAACCAGUUGCUAUCUCUUGAUCUCUCAAGCAAUAAGCUCUCAGGUCCAAUCCCUCCCAGCAUUUCUUCAUUGUCCUAUUUGGGGUACUGGAACUUAUCAAACAAUAAUUUAUCUGGUGAAAUCCCUUUCCAAGGACACAUAACAACUUUUGAUGCACCAUCUUUUGCUGGAAAUCCUGCUCUAUGUGGAGCUCCACUUGAUGUGAAUUGUACAGGCAAUGAGUUGGAUAAUGGAAAAAGGAGAGCUGAUGAGGAUGACAGUAACAAUGGCUUUACUGACCAGUGGCUUUACUUGAGCAUUGGAUUGGGAUUUGCAGCAGGGGUCAUAGUACCCUUUCUUGUUUUGGCAAUCAGAAGAUCUUGGAGCCAUGCAUACUUCUUGCUUGUGGACAGAACCGUUGAAGAAAUAUUAUCUUUGGCAAGAAAAAUUGUCGUGCAUUGGAGGAACCAUCGCCGUUUCAGGGUUUAG